GCCGACGCGGCCGUCGAGAAGCUCGCGCCGCGCGCCUCGCGGCGGCGGUGGACGGUGGGCUACCUCGAGGAGCUGCGCCGGCAGGGAGACUUCGCGUCGGCAUGCGAGGUGGUCAAGCAUUGCGGCGACACGUCGCUGCAGCAGGCGGCCGCCCGUUCGACCACGGUCCUGCUCGGCGGCCGGCAGCGGGGGAGGCCGCUCUGCGGCGUGUGCGAGCUGCCCGUGCGGGGGAGCUACGUCUGGUGCCAGGGCUGCGGCCACGGAGGGCAUUUGGCCCACAUGCGCAGCUGGUUCGAGACGGAGGUGGAGUGCCCGACGGGGUGCGGCCACCGAUGCCAAGUGGUGGUGCUGCCGUAA